UAGAAGGCAAUACACGAAGAAAAGUAGCCCAAAGGACAUCUGGGCUUGCCAUAAACCGUGGCAAUGUUCCCCCGGCUACUAUGCAUCAAUGAUUAUGAACAGUAUGCUAAGUCCACACUUCAAAAAUCUAUAUACGACUACUAUAGGUCUGGGGCAAAUGACCAGGAAACUCUGGCUGAUAAUAUUGCGGCAUUUUCCAGAUGGAAGCUGUAUCCACGGAUGCUCCGGAAUGUUGCUGAAAUAGACCUGUCGACUUCUGUUCUAGGACAGAGGGUCAGCAUGCCCAUUUGUGCCGGGGCCACUGCCAUGCAGCGCAUGGCUCACGAGGACGGGGAGCUUGCCACCGUGCGAGCCUGUCAUUCCUUGGGCACUGGCAUGAUGCUGAGCACCUGGGCCACGUCCUCCAUUGAAGAAGUGGCAGAGGCUGGUCCCGAGGCCCUUCGCUGGCUGCAACUGUAUAUAUACAAGGACCGUGAGGUCACCAAGCAGCUGGUGCGGAGGGCUGAGCGGAUGGGCUACAAGGCCAUAUUUGUGACUGUGGACACCCCUUACCUGGGCAACCGCUUCGACGAUGUGCGUAACCGAUUCAAGCUGCCGCCACAACUCAGGAUGAAAAACUUUGAAACCAACGACUUAGCAUUUUCUCCUAAGAAAAAUUUUGGAGACAACAGUGGACUUGCUGCCUAUGUAGCUAAAGCAAUAGACCCAUCGAUCAGCUGGGAAGACAUCAAAUGGCUGAGAAGACUGACUUCCCUGCCCAUUGUCGCAAAGGGAAUUUUGAGAGGUGAUGAUGCCAGGGAGGCAGUUAAACAUGGUUUGGAUGGGAUCUUGGUGUCCAACCACGGGGCUCGACAACUGGAUGGGGUGCCAGCCACUAUUGAUGCUCUGCCAGAAAUUGUGGAGGCCGUGGAAGGGAAGGUAGAAGUCUUUCUGGAUGGAGGUGUGCGGAAAGGCACUGAUGUGCUGAAAGCUCUGGCCCUGGGUGCCAGGGCCGUGUUUGUGGGGAGACCAAUCAUAUGGGGCUUGGCUUUCCAGGGGGAGAAAGGUGUCCAUGAUGUCCUUGAGCUACUGAAGGAAGAAUUCCGGUUGGCCAUGGCUCUGAGUGGGUGCCAGAAUGUGAAAGUCAUCGACAAGACAUUGGUGAGGAAAAAUCCUUUGGCCGUUUCCAAGAUCUGACAGUGCACAAUAUUUUCCCAUCUGUAUUAUUUUUUUCCCCAGCAUGUAUGACUUGACAAAGAGACAGUGUGCAGAGGGUGACCACAGCCUGCAACUCCCCCCUUCAAUACAAAGGGUGUCGUUCUUCUCCAACAAAAUAGCGAUCCCUUUGAGUUCAUUGCUUUUGACUUUUCAAUGGGUGUCCUAGGAACCUUUUAGAAAGAAAUGGACUUGCAUCCUGGAAAUAUAUUAACUGUUAAAAAGAAAACAUUGAAAAUGUGUUUAGACAACGUCAUCCCCUGGCAGGCUAAAGUGCUGGAAAACAAAAGAUAUCCUUUGGUAAAACUGGAGGUAGGGAAUGAGGUUAAAAAGUAAUGAUCCCCCUGUGUGUUAACCUGCAUUGUGUUUAGACUCUUUCAAGCAGUGGCUCUGAGAUUGUAAACUCGGGUUCGAAGUGUCCAAAGUCCCUGAUUCAAACACAGAGAAGGUAGCAGCGGAUGGAACUGGAGUGUGCUGGUGCUGAUCCGUGAUGCUUUGAACACAGCUUUCCAAUCACAUCUCCAAUGUCUCACUGUAUCUGAAUGGUUUAUGAUAUAUAUUACUUUUUGAUUAGAAAGAAAUAAACCAUUUAUUUAAAAGAGUC